AUGCCCUUCGACGACGAAGACCCCAUCCCUACGGGUUCAACCCUGGCUGCUAUCUCAAACAGCUCAGGUGACGGUGAAGAUGCACCUUCAUUAGAAGACACCCUCGGCGACGAAACCCAGGAUUUCCGUCUUUUUGCCUCAUUAUUCGACAAACGCCAAGCCGCAGCAAGUGGCAGAGGAGCCCUGCGUCGCGGCGAAAAGGACUUCGAACCCCAUGGCACGCGCGCGCAAGAUUCUGCGUUAGAGGCUAGUCGUGGUGCUAUGCGCGAUGUACUAAGUUACACGCGAUCGCAUCGUCCGCGCGACCGGACUCGGGGUUGGUAUUUUCCGGAGAAAUGGGCAAAUGUACCGGUUAUAGAGGAGCGGGAAGGGGAAAAGGGCGCGGGACUUUGGGCUAGAGAGAGGGUUGUUGCGGUUGAGGAUGAGAUUAGAGGACCUUUGGGUCAGAAUACGGGGAGAGUUGUUACGGGGAUUGAGGGGUAUAAGAUGACGCCUGGCUGGUUGAAGACGUGGUUACUACCUGAGGAGGCGCUGUAUCUUGUUGAAAGGGGGUCUUUGGAUUUGUGGUGGCCGGCGAGGGGGAUUGAGGAUGUGUUUCCCGUGAAGAAGGAGGGGGAGGAUGGAAGUAGUGAUGCGGAGGGGAGAGUGUUUGAGGAGCAUGAGUUGGGUAUACCGUUGAGUUUACAAGCGGCGUAUGCUCUUCUAAUCGGAGAGGACGGGGAGAGGGGAAAGGUUAGCUUGGAGAAAUAUCAGGUUUACGCUAACCUACGAAGAACGGGGUAUAAAAUCAUGCGAGCGACUAAGAUGCCUUUACCUCCGACGAAAGCAUCUCAGACACUAUGGCAAUGGCUAUUCUCUCUCUUCCAAGGCGAAUCACAUAACAACCUACCAUCCUACGGACCCCUCGUCAGACCUGGUCUCUACCGAUCAUACAACCCAAUUUUCACGCAACUCGCAUUAAUCCCACGACACCAGCCUACACCAGCCCCUCAACUAUACCAAGAACCGCAAGAACCCUUCCGAAUCCACUUUCACGUCUGGAAAAGCAGUACCUCGUUCCCGAAAACCAAACCCCCAUCUCCCGACUUCCGCAUCGCAGUCGCCGACGCGCGGACCUCGUCCGUGCCUACGCUCGAGGAAUUAACUGCGCUCUUAGAGACUUGCACACCAUGGGAUCCACCCAAACUACCAGCGUCGAAGAAAGAAGGCGAGAAAGGAGGAGUUGGACCCAUGUAUCAGCGGUUGAAGCAUGCGUGGCAUAAUGCGGUGGUUGCGAUUGUGGAUGGUGGGUUGAUUAGUUAUAUCAGGUUUGGCGAGAUGGCGUUUGGUGAGGAGAGGUUGUAUGAGAAGGUUGGAAGUGGUGGGAGGGGAGCGAAGGGGAAGAGAGGUGGAAGGCCUGGGCGAGGGGGGAGAGGAGGACGGGGUGGUGGCGCUGGGAGAGGAAGAGGGAGAUGA